UCUUUUCUUAAAAUAAAAUAAAAACAACAAUGUCUGUUUCCGAUAUUCACAACGAAGUUUCCUCCUCAAACAUAAUUAAGAGUAGCUUUUUAUAAUUCAACAUGCAUAAAAAAGAAGCUGGUCAUUAAACUUUUUAUUUAGGCAUUAUUGAGGACCUGUUUUCUUACAAUAGCAUCAAGCGGAAACGAAUUUUAGAGUAUUAUUUUUUUCAGGAUGCUUCAUUAAGCUCCCCUCUUAUGAGUACAGAUGGAGUGGACAACAUUCAAUAUAUUUAUACAGUAUGGCAAACACUAAAUCGAAGCGAACCAACAAUAACAAAUAUCGUAUUUGAUGGACAUACAGCCGUGAUCCACUUAAUACAUAAUCUUUCACCAACAAUACUACCAAGCUUUUUAAAAGUUCAAGUACCCGCUAUAACAACAUUGCAUUUCCGUGAAACAGAAUGUGAUAGUGGACUUUUAAAGAUAUACAAACAAGAAGAUAGCUGGACACUUGAGGGCAUAUUGCAGUCAGUUCCCAUUAUAUCAUUUUGGUAUAAUAAUGUGUUACGAGUCGUCAUGGGAAAGUUAAUGACCACAACGGGUGAUAUUUUAGACUCUGCGGUGAAUCAUGCAGAAAGAAUGUCUAUGCAAAGUAGAGAAAUACAACAAAUUGGGCAUGAACUGGCGAUUGAGAAUUUAGAAAAGUUAGAAGAAUAUCGAUCCGAUUUGAAAGUGAAUUAUUUGGAAGGUAUUAAAAACUGGCAAGAAUGUUACAAUGAUGAGGACAAUUAUACUUUUACGCCCAUCAAAGAAAGUGGCAGUGGAUUACCGAUCGAGCAACCACCACGAAGAAUCGAUUAUAGUGAUUAUGAAUAAAAAUAAUAAAAAUAAUAAAAAAGAAUGGAGGAGACAUUUUUAUUAUUA